AGCUAGGGAGUGUGGUGUGGUGUGGCCGUGUGGGUGAGGUUCAUCCGUCAGAGGCCUAAUUGUUGGAGAGGCAGGGCGGACGCAGGCUCCUCGCGAGGCUGUGCCGGCGGGUGGCAGCCACGGCGAGGCUGGGCGGCCGUCCCCGGCGUCCGGCGGAGCCCUUCGCCGGCGCCGGCGAAGCAGAGGCGAGGCAGCCGGCGACGCGGCGGCGACAGCGGCGGCACCGGCAGAUGGGGGCGCGCGUCAUGGCGUGGUGGCGGGCAAGGGUGGUCGCGCCCAUGCGCCGCGCCUGCAGGCUCGCCGUCGCCGCCGCCCGCGCCCGCGUCCGCAAGGGCGAGUGCGGGGUCCUGAACCUUCACCAGGACGUGCAGACGUGCGGCUACCACGACGUGCAGGUGAUGUGGGACAUGCUCAGCUCCGACAAGGAGGCCGCUGCCGCCGCCUCGGCGCCGGCGAAGCAGCAGCAGCAGCGGCGGAAGAGGCCGUUCUGGAGGCUGCCUCCGUCGUUCUGGCCCGCCCGGUCGCCGCGCGCCGCUGCAGCGCAGUGAGGCGAACGGCGUACGAGCUGGUGCCUGGCAAUGUGGACAGAAGGCAUAUAUCAUGGCACCCUGCCGCUGUCAUGCUGCUGCCUGCCAUUGCGCCCCGAGUUCAUGGCAAUGAUCCCUGCGACCAGACCAGCCCGACCAUGCAUGUGUAUACAAGAUUAUUGUAUAGUUUUUGGACAGAGCAAUUGAGUUCUGCUCUUAUCUGGUGUUAAUUUGCCCGUGCUCUGGCUUGGACAGAGCAGUUUGGACUUUGGACUUUGCCCCCAUCGAUAUAGAGUCUUUUGACCAUCUUUAUGC